AUGCAAAGUGUGAAGAACCUAGAAGGACAACAUGAGCACACUCUGGUUCCACUAGACAAUAGUUUUGGUGAAGCGUCUAUCGAUACCGUGAAAAAGAGUGGUGACAUUGAGUCAGACUCAGACGAAAGUAUGGUGGUGUACGACUUCUCAGACACGGAUAAACCAUUUACUUCUUGGAGUGAAGCUGAUUUCCUAGAUAAACCCAACCAAAAAAUUAGAGGAGUCAACAAGUUAUUUCAGUUUAUUGCCAACGUUCAAGGGGCUUCAUUCAGGAAACAGCCAGUUGAUGAAGAUGUAGAGCCAGUGUGUUGCGACGGGGUAUUCGGCCUCAUGGGCUUGACCCUUCUAAUGUUGGUGGACAUCGCUUAUGUGGCCUAUGCAACCUACCGCAACAACCUCGCUGCAGAGGAUGAUGUCCGCCUUAUUUGGCUAUCAGCAAUUUUUUGGCUUGUGAUUCUCAUAAAGAUAGGACGGCGAAUUGUCCGUCUGGGCAAAUUAAAGGGUGGUUGUUGGGCUGCAUUCGUGCCGAUCGGAAAACUCUAUCACACUAUUGCAGUCUGCCUUGCCUGGCCGUUCAAGGCCCCUUGGAGGGCCGUUUGGAAGAAUGUCAACGCCGAUAAAAAGACAAUUAAGAAAAGAAAAGCCCUCGUGAAAAUGAUAUUUUCAGCGAUCAUCAUGCUUGGCUUCACAGUCUUCUGUUUAGUCUACUAUGUGCUAUUAGUAAAGGUGGAGAACUUGGUUUCCCUCUCAGGCAUCGCUCUUCUCGUCCUUGUCUCAAUCUGCUUGUCGAGGUUUCCAGGCAAGAUCAACUGGCAACCGGUUCUCAAUUGCUUAUUCUUACAACUUCUGCUUGCAUUUUUGACACUGAAAACGAGACCGGGUUAUAUUACCUUUGAGUUUCUUGGUCAAAGGAUGGCGGAGUUCCUCAGACAUAGUGAUGCCGGUGCCACCUUUGUGUUCGGCAACCUGAACUGUUUUGCAUUCAACGUUCUUCCAGUUGUCGUCUUUUUCUCCUCCUUCAUGGCAAUCAAUUUUCAUUUGGGCAUCGUCCAACUUGUUAUCGACAAGCCCUCUGCUGCUGCGGCGAAGUUGCUAAAAACCACGAGCCCAGAAACUCUCAACGCCAUCGCAAAUAUCUUUGUCUCAAUGACAGAAGCUCCGUUGAUUACGCGGCCAUAUCUCCCCAUGCUGACCAACUCAGAGUUGCACGCAAUAUUCGUAAACGGAUUCGCGUCGGUAUCAGGCUCCGUCAUGGCUGCGUUUAUCGGAUUUGGUAUCCCACCAAAUCAUUUGUUGAUCGCCUGUGUGAUUUCUGCUCCCGCAGCAUUGGCUACCUCCAAGAUUAUGUAUCCUGAGACAAAAAUCUCACCAAUGACAAGUUCAAAGGUUUCACUCAAAAUGAAGAGUCCUUACCAAAGUGUACUUGAAGCCGCAAUGGUCGGUGCUAUGGACGCGAUCCCAAUUUGUGGAGGAGUUGUUGCAAAUCUCAUUGCCUUCCUCAGUAUCUACAACUUCCUCAACCGAACCCUUGUUUGGAUGGGUAAACGUGCUUGCCUGGGGUUCGAUUUAACGUUCGAGGUUGUAUUUUCGUACAUUCUGUGGCCUAUUUCGUACACAAUGGGCGUUCCCACAGACGACGCAUUAAAGGUGGCUGAAUUAAUCGGUAUCAAGACUUUCCUGAAUGAAUUCGCCGCCUACGAUCGUCUUGGUACGUCAAAGGUUUCAACAGUUACCAUUUCGGGAAAGAAUGCAUGCUUGAAUAUAGGCGUCAACAUCUCACUUCUAGCAGGCUAA